AUGUCCUACCACAGGCUGAAUUUUGAGCUGGAGAUGGUGAAUAUAAAGCAUAAGAAAGUAAUGUUGGACCUACAGAAACUCCCCAAGGAGAUUAGAGAGGCUUUGUAUAAGUGCAAGGAGCUGACUGAGGAAACGGUCUCCUACAGGGGAGUGGGUGACUUCACUGGGACUCCCCAUUCAUUGGGAGUGACUUUUUGCCAUGCUUUUAUAUUUGAACCAAACAUCCUCCACAACCAGCUCCUGAGUGAGCAAACUCAGUUGAAGGAAAAAGUGAGCAUGUUGAGAGAGGAGAACCGAGAGCUAUGGAGGGAGCAGAUUUCACUGCAAGAGUCCUGUGAGAAGGUGAAGAAUCUCUGUGAUGAGGCCUAUGAGAAGAUCUAUGAGCUAUAUGCUGAGGAGAAGCAGCUUCGAUUUGUUAAUCUAUUUAGCAGCCCCGACAUCAUUGUGAACCUUGCCAGUAAAACCAAGGGAGUCUUAACAUUCCAGGAUGUGGCAAUUGAUUUCUCUCCAGAUGAGUGGGGCUGCCUUGACUUUGCACAAAGGGCUUUGUACAGGGAAGUCAUGUUGGAGAACUACAGUAACAUGGUCUCUGUGGGUCUUUCAGUGUCAAAACCAGACCUGAUCAGCUUUCUUGAGCAAAGCAAAGAGCCCUGGAAUGUGAACAUACGAGAGGCAGAAGGCAAUGAACAAGGUAAUCAUAAUGAAGCAUUGGCCCAACAUGACCAGAAACAAGGGAGGCAUUAUAUCAACAAUCAAAAUGAAGAGAGACAAAACAAUUAUAUAGAAUGUGGAAACUGCUUCAACAGAUAUGCAUGCCCCACUAUGCAUAAGAGAAUUAAUUCCAAAGUGAAGGCAUACAAAUGUAAAGAUUGUGGCAAGUCAUUUAUCCGUCACACAAACUUUCAAACUCACCAGAGAAUCCAUACUGGUGAGAAACCUUACAGGUGUCAAAUAUGUGGCAAGUCCUUUACCCGGGUCUCAAAUCUUCAUAUUCAUAACAGAAUUCAUACUGGUGAGAAAACUUACAGAUGUCAAGAAUGUGGCAAGUCCUUUACCAGGACCUCAGAUCUUCAGAAACAUCACAGAACCCAUACUGGUGAGAAACCUUAUAGAUGUCAAGAAUGUGACAAGUCCUUUACUUGGGUCUCAAAUCUUCAUAUUCAUAACAGAAUUCAUACUGGUGAGAAACCUUAUAGAUGUAACGAAUGUGGCAAGUCCUUUACCAGUGCCUCAGAUCUUCAGAAACAUCACAGAACUCAUACUGGUGAGAAACCUUAUAGAUGUCAAGAAUGUGGCAAGUCCUUUAUCCAGCUCUCAAAUCUUCAUAUUCACCACAGAACUCAUACUGGUGAGAAACCUUACAGUUGUCAAGAAUGUGGAAAGUCUUUUGCCAGGGCCUCAGUUCUUCAUAACCAUCAAAGAAUUCAUACUGGUGAGAAACCAUAUAAAUGUCAAGAAUGUGGCAAGUCUUUUGCUAGGGCCUCAGUUCUUCAUAACCAUCAACGAAUUCAUACUGGUGAGAAACCAUACAGAUGUCAAGAAUGUGGCAAGUCCUUUACCCAGCUCUCAUCUCUUCACAAUCAUCACAAAUUCCAUACUGGUGAAAAACCUUACAAAUGUAAAGAAUGUGGCAAGGACUUUAAAACAAAUUCAAGUCUUAAAACUCACCAGAGAAUCCAUCCUGGUGAGAAACCUUACAGAUGUCAGACAUGUGGCAAGUCAUUUACUCGGCAUGCAACUCUUCAAGAUCACAAGAGAAUACAUAUUGGUGAGAAACCUUACAGAUGUCCAGCAUGUGGCAAGUCCUUUACCCGGGCCUCAACUCUUCAUAAUCAUCAUAGAACCCAUACUGGUGAGAAACCCUAUAAGAGACCUUACAGAUGUCAAGAAUGUGGCAAGUCCAUUACCCAGGUCUCAGUUCUUCACAGACAUCACAAAAUCCAUACUGGUGAGAAACCUUACAGAUGUCAAACAUGUGGCAAGUCCUUUACCCAGAUCGCACAUCUUCAUAUCCAUCACAGAACCCAUACUGGUGAGAAACCUUACAGAUGUCAAGCAUGUGGCAAGUCCUUUACCCAGGUCUCACAUCUUCAUAAUCAUCACAGAAUCCAUACUGGUGAGAAACCUUACAGAUGUCAAGAAUGUGGCAAGUCCUUUACCCAGUUCUCAGUUCUUCACCAACAUCACAGAACCCAUACUGGUGUACCUUACAGAUGUCAAACAUGUGUAAAAUCCUUUACCCGGGUCUCACAUCUUCAGAGACAUCACAGAAUCCAUACUGGUGAGAAACCUUACAGAUGUUAAGAAUGUGGCAUCUUUACCUGGGUGUCAACUCUUCAUAAUCAUCACAGAACCCAUACUAGUGAGAAACCUUACAGAUGUCAAGAAUGUGGCAAGGCCUUUACCCAGAUCUCAGCUUUUCACACUCACCACAGACUCCAUAGUGGUGACAAACCUUUACAAAUGUAUCUGCACAAAGUGUCCCCAGCACUUAUUCGGGCCUUAGAAGGAAUCUUGACAUUCCAAGAUGUGGCAAUUGAUUUCUCUCCAGAUGAGUGGGACUGCCUCGACUUUGCACAAAGGGCUUUGUACAGGGAAGUCAUGUUGGAGAACUACAGUAACAUGGUCUCUGUGGGUCUUUCACUGUCAAAACCAGACCUGAUCAGGUUUCUUGAACAAAGCAAAGAGCCCUGGAACGUGAACUUUGGAGAGACAGAAGGCAUUGAACAAGUUUCAUAUUAUCAUCAAACAGAAGACUUAUUUUCACAAGAGAAUAGACAAGAUUGUAUCCAGAAGUUGGUAUCAGGAAUAGCUCAUGACCAGAAACAAGGGAGGCAUGAUAUAAAUCAUCAAAAUGAAGAGAGACAAAACAAUUAUAUAGAAUGUGGAAACUGCUUCAACAGAUAUGCAUGCCCCACUAUGCAUAAGAGAAUUAAUUCCAAAGAGAAGGCAGGCAAAUGUAAAGAUUGUGGCAAGUCAUUUAUCCGUCACACAAAAUUUCAAUCUGACCAGAGAAUUCAUACUGGUGAAGAACCUUACAGAUGUCAAGAAUGUGGUAAGUCCUUUACCUGGGCCUCAGCUUUUCAGAGACAUCACAGAAUCCAUACUGGUGAGAAACCUUAUAGAUGUCAAGAAUGUGGGAAGUCCUUUACCCAGCUCUCCAAUCUUCAUAUUCAUCACAGAAUCCAUACUGGUGAGAAACCUUACAGGUGUCAAGAAUGUGGCAAGUCCUUUACCCAUGCCUCAACUCUUCUAUCUCAUCAAAGAAUUCAUACUGGUGAGAAACCUUACAGAUGUCAAGAAUGUGGCAAGUCCUUUGCCAGGGCCUCAAAUCUUCAUAACCAUCAAAGAAUUCAUUCUGAUGAGAAACCUUACAGGUGUCAAGAAUGUGGCAAGUCCUUUACGUGGGUCUCAACGAUUCUAUCUCAUCAAAGAAUUCAUACUGGUGAGAAACCUUACAGGUGUCAAGAAUGUGGCAAGUCCUUUACCCAGGUCUCAUAUCUUCACACUCAUCACAGACUCCAUACUGGUGAGAAACCUUACAGAUGUCAAGAAUGUGGCAAGUCCUUUACCCAUAGAAAAACUCUUCACAUUCACCACAGACUCCAUACUGGUGACAAGCCUAAAUGUAAAGAAUGUGACAAGUCCUUUCACACAAAUUCAAGUCUUAGAAAGCAUCACAAAAUGCAUUUAAUGGGGAGUACCGGAAAGACAGCAACCCCAACUUCUGUCACUGAGCAGGAGCAGCGGAUGAACAAGGUGGCUACACUGACCCUGCAGCUUCAGAUGAUGACCCAAGAAAGGAAUGAACUUCGUGGAAUCCUGGCUAAUUCUACCAACAAGGACUUGAACAACAACAGGUUUGAAAACCUCCAGCAUGAUCUGGAACUGGCCACAGUCCAGGAUGAGAGCCUCCUGCAGACAGACCUGCUACAGCAGGAGCCCUGA